AUGCCUCAAAUGAUUCCGAUUCUCCUACCACUUAGAACAAAACUGCGAGCAGCUACCGAAUAUCUGGACACUUCAACACAAGUGACUGGUAGUGUAUCUGUAUCAGCCCAGAUUAUUAAAUAUAUUGAUAUGGGUAAUCUACCAAAAGAUCUAAAUACCAUUGCACUACAGGACAUCAAAAGACAUAAGUAUGAAAGAAAUGAUAGAAGAGGGUUGUACUGGAACGAAUAUAGAGCUUAUCAACAUAAAUUAAGAGAUGAUUAUUGCUUCAAUGGAUCUUAUACUUUCUGGAGAGUUACGGCAACGUGUCUUGAAGAUGGACUAGAUUGGAUUGGAUUAGUGUUUGGUAUAGCAUCUGUCUUGAUUUCUUGCCUUGCUCACAUAAUAAUUACAGUGUACAACAUCACAGUAAAUGAAGAACACAAAGGAUGUAUAGUAACAUUUCUGAUCAAUUUAGUUGAUUUACCUGCUACAUUACUGUCAUAUCAGUUACUCACACAGAUUGUAUUCAGUAUUACUAGUAUAAUCUUAACAGUUGGUUUUUAUGUUUUCUUUAAAUUGAAUAAACCAGAUAUAUAUCGAUAUCGACCAAGAUGGAAAGAACGAUCAAGAUUGUCGAUUGUGUUUGGUGCUGGUUUUAUAGUGUUCAUUGCAAUACUUAGUAAUACCAUCUUUAUAUUAACGAUUUUCUUCAAUUCUUCCUCGCAAUCCAUAUAUCAGGGCAACUAUGAUAAAUCUCGGUAUACUAUUGGAAUGUUUCUGGGUUAUCUAGAAGCACUGUUAACAUUUAUAUCAGCUGUUUUGUAUAUAGAACAGUCGUCUAUUAAACAAAAGACAGUUAUUGACAUAUUUUAUAUCAUAUCUAUAUUGUGUUCAAUUCGGUCCCUUCAGCAUUUUUAUCAUGCAACACCAUGGAUAUUGACUAGCGGUGUAACCUCAAGUGAAGAAAGCAUACAAGAAUCUAUAACCAAACUCAAUCAGUUUGUUGCCAAUGAAGUUCAGCCCUUCAAAAACAGACGUCUAAGUGAAAUUAAAGAGAGUAGUAACUGGUAUCAAGUCAACACCGAUUCCACAACAACAAGUUUUACUGGUGAUCAGGAGUUUGAGAAUGAAUCUAUAGCUGAGAAACAGAAGAUGACAAGAUCCAAUUUAAAUCACCGGAGAAGCAGCUUUCAACUUCAUCUUUCUCUCCUGGCUACUGAAUCCAAAAGUGAACGCAUUGCACAAUGGUUUGAAACUAGCACCCCCGAAGGAGAGACACCAACGUUUCCAAGGGAAGACAAAGACACGACAACACAGAGCCAAAAUUUGUCCUGUGUGUGGGAUUGA